AUGAGCCCAACGACCCCUCCCAAGCCUGUCCACACCAUCGUCCUCGAUGCGGGUCCCAUCCUCAAGAAUACCCCGCCGCUUUCCACCCUCCUCGCACAGUGCGAAGAACUCAUCACCACCCCGGCCGUUGUCCGUGAGAUCCGCGAUCCCGAUGCUAGAGCGCGUGUCGAAACUCUCUACCUCCCGUUCCUGAAGCAGCGAUCGCCGAAUCCGAAGAGCGUGGCUGUCCUGAGCGAAUUCGCCCGGAAGACCGGUGACCGCUCGGUUUUGAGUAAGACCGAUAUCGAAGUGUUGGCGCUUGCGUAUGAGCUUGAGUGUGAGAGAAAUGGUGGCGAUUGGCGGUUACGCAGUACGCCGGGGCAGAAGCAGGUUAACGGAAAGCCUCCGGUGAAGGAGGAAGAGAAGAAGGAUGAGAAGGAAGGAGAAGAGCAGAAAGCUAAUGAAAAGCCUGAGAACGCGGGGGUUGACGCCGUCGCCGAGGGCAUGGGGGUGAUAACUUUGGAGAAUGAAACAGCACGGCCGGAGCAAGAGUCAACUCCUGCUACAACAGAAACCGCAGAGGAACCUGAAGCGGAGGACCCAGACGCUCAAGAUGGUGAGGAGUCGGAUGGAGGAGAUUGGAUUACUCCCUCAAACUUAAAGAAGCGACAGAUUCGUGAUGAGUCGGCCGGAACUUCUACUGUACCUGAGCCGAAGGUUAUGCAGGUCGCAACCAUGACCACUGACUUUGCAUGCCAAAACGUUCUUCUUACAAUGAAUCUGAACCUGCUCUCAACCACCACCCUUCAGAGAAUCCGCCACCUCAAGUCCUUCAUCAAGCGCUGCCACGGAUGCUUCCUCACCACCAAAGACAUGAACAAGCAAUUCUGCCCUCGCUGCGGCAAGGACACACUCACGCGUGUCUCCUGCACCACGAACUCCAACGGCCAGUUUACAAUGCACCUCAAAAAGAACAUGACAUGGAACACUCGCGGCAACCGCUACAGCAUCCCCAAGCCCGUUGCCGGUAGCUCCAACGGAAAAUGGAAAGGCGGCGGUGGCAAAGGCGGAUGGGGAACCGAGCUUGUUCUCGCUGAAGACCAGAAGGAAUAUAUGCGAGCCUCAGCCGAGCAGGCUCGUAGACAACGAAAGGAGCGGGACCUCAUGGAUGAGGACUAUCUGCCUGGUAUUCUGACGGGCGAGCGAAACAAGCAGGGUGGCCGUCUCAAGGUGGGCGCUGGCCGGAAUAUCAACUCGAGGAAGCGGUAA